AUGUCAUAUGAGGGCAGAGGAAACAGGUCAGGCGACAAGGGUGUAGGAGCCACAUCAAACAAGGAUGGAGGAGCCACGUCAGGUGAUGGGGGAGGUGUCUCAUGCAAUGGCAAAGGUGCUACUUCAGCUAAGAGGAAAGGUGCCAGUUCAGUUGAAGAUGAAGGUGCCAUGUCAAGGGAUAGCAGUGGUGCCACAUCACGUGAAGAUGGAGUUUCCAAUUUGGCUGAAGAUGGAGGUGCCAAUUCAGGUGAUUGUGGUGAUGCCACUUUAGCUGAAGAUGGAGAUGCCAAUCCAGGUGAUCGUGGUGAUGCCACUUUAGCUGAAGAUGGAGGUGCCAAUUCAGAUGAUUGUGGUGAUGCCACUUCAGGUGAUCGUGGUGGUGCCACUUUAGCUGAAGAUGGAGGUGCCAAGUCAGAUGAUUGUGGUGAUGCCACUUCAGGUGAUCGUGGUGGUGCCAGUUCAGGUGAAGAUGAUGGUGUCAAUUCAGAUGAAGGUGGGGAUGCCACUUCAGGUGUACAUGGUGGUGUCAAUGCAGUUGAGGAUGGAGGUGCCAAUUUAGCUGAUCGUGGUAUUGUCAGUUCAGGUGAAGAUGAUGGCACUAUUUCAGGUGAUUGCAGUGGUGUAACUUCAGGUGAAGAUAAUGGCACCAAUUCAAGUGAUUGCAGUGGUGUCAAUUUAGGUGAAGAUAAUGGCACCAAUUCCAGUGAUUGCAGUGGUGUCAAUUUAGGCGAAGAUAAUGGCACCAAUUCUGGUGAUUGCGGUGGUGCAACUUCAAGUGAAGAUAAUGGCACCAAUUCAGGUGAUUGCAGUGGUGUCAAUUUAGGCGAAGAUAAUGGCACCAAUUCUGGUGAUUUCGGUGGUGCAACUUCAGGUGAAGAUAAUGGCACCAAUUCAGGUGAUUGCAGUGGUGUCAAUUUAGGUGAAGAUAAUGGCAGCAAUUCAGGUGAUUGCAGUGGUGUCAAUUUAGGCGAAGAUAAUGGCACCAAUUCAGGUGAUUGUGGUGAUGCCACUUCAGGUGAAGAUGGAGGUGCCAAUUCAGGUGAUUGUGGUGAUGCCACUUCAGGUGAAGAUGGAGGUGCCAAUUCAGGUGAUCGUGGUGAUGCCACUUCAGGUGAAGAUGGAGGUGCCAAUUCAGGUAAUCGUGGUGAUGUCACUUCAGGUGAAGAUGGAGGUGCCAGUUCAGGUGAUCGUGGUGAUGCCACUUUAGGUGAAGAUGGAGGUGCCAGUUCAGGUGAUCGUGGUGAUGCCACUUCAGGUGAAGAUGGAGGUGCCAAUUCAGGUGAUCGUGGUGAUGCCACUUUAGGUGGAGAUGGAGGUGCCAAUUCAGGAGAUCGUGGUGAUGUCACUUCAGGUGGAGAUGGAGGUGCCAAUUCAGGAGAUCGUGGUGAUGUCAUUUCAGGUGGAGAUGGAGGUGCCAAUUCAGGAGAUUGUGGUGAUGUCACUUCAGGUGAAGAUGGAGGUGCCAAUUCAGGUGAUCGUGGUGAUGCCACUUUAGCUGAAGAUGGAGGUGCCAAUUCAGGUGAUCGUGGUGAUGCCACUUCAGGUGAAGAUGGAGGUGCCAAUUCAGGUGAUCGUGGUGAUGCCACUUCAGGUGAAGAUAGAGGUGCCAAUUCAGGUGAUCGUGGUGAUGCCACUUCAGGUGAAGAUGGAGGUGCCAAUUCAGGUGAUUGUGGUGAUGCCACUUCAGGUGAUCGUGGUGAUGCCACUUUAGCUGAAGAUGGAGGUGCCAAUUCAGAUGAUUGUGGUGAUGCCACUUUAGGUGAAGAUGGAGGUGCCAAUUCAGGAGAUCGUGGUGAUGUCACUUCAGGUGGAGAUGGAGGUGCCAAUUCAGGAGAUUGUGGUGAUGUCACUUCAGGUGGAGAUGGAGGUGCCAAUUCAGGAGAUCGUGGUGAUGCCACUUUAGCUGAAGAUGGAGGUGCCAAUUCAGGUGAUCGUGGUGAUGCCACUUUAGGUGAAGAUGGAGGUGCCAAUUCAGGUGAUCGUGAUGAUGUCACUUCAAGUGAAGAUGGAGGUGCCAAUUCAGGUGAUCGUGGUGAUGCCACUUCAGGUGAAGAUGCAAGUGCCAAUUCAGGUGAUCGUGGUGAUGCCACUUCAGGUGAAGAUGGAGGUGCCGAUUCAGGUGAUCGUGGUGAUGCCACUUCAGGUGAAGAUGGAAUUUCUAUGGCAAGUGCUGGUGCCACACUAGGGAAAGUCUGA